AUGGGCGGGCAGCAGAGUCAGCAUUAUCGUCUCUUCCAGCAGUACUGCAGUGAAGCCUACAUCAUCUUGCGUCGACGAGCAGAGUUCUUCAUCAACCUGAUGAUGCUGAUGAAGGACGCCAACAUCCCGGACAUCUCAGGGGUGCCAGGAAGACCUGAAGACCCUGAGCGACAACUGUACAAGAUGGUGGAAUGGGCGCACAAGCUGAAACAAGACUACUGGACUGCAUGA